CGUGACGUCGUCCCCCUCCUUCCUUCCCGUCCCUCUCUCCCUCCGCUGCUAACCAACCAACAGAGUUAGCACUAGCACGUUAGCCUCCAGCAGCUGUCGGUGGCAGUCAGUCCGAGUGGUGGUGCAUUUGUAAUCAUCCUCCUCCUCUCCCGUAGAUAGACCGUGGACGGCCAGGUUGUUUCUUCGGGAGCCAGCUGCUUCACCUCCUCGGGCUACCUGCGGUAAAAUUGUUGUUGUCCUCGUCGUCACGACAGGAAGAAGCCCUGGGACAUGGCCAGACCAGAACAAGUACUGGUGCUAGAGCCACAACACGAACUGAAAUUCAGAGGCCCGUUUACAGAUGUCGUCACUGCCACUCUGAAGCUCACCAACCCCACAGAUAGAAAUGUGUGUUUCAAAGUCAAGACAACCGCGCCUCGCCGAUACUGUGUGCGCCCAAACAGUGGCGUUAUUGAUGCUGGAAACUCCGUCAAUGUUUCUGUUAUGCUACAGCCGUUUGACUACGACCCCAAUGAAAAGAGUAAACACAAAUUCAUGGUGCAGUCCAUGCUGGCUCCAUACGAAAUGACUGACAUGGAAGGAGUUUGGAAGGAGGCAAAGCCUGACGAGCUGAUGGAUUCAAAGUUGAGAUGUGCAUUUGAGAUGCCUGUAGAAAAUGACAAAACUCAUGAGAGUGAAACCAACAAAACUGUGUCUUCCUCUGCCUCCUCUGUUAAGACUGAGCUCUCCACGCUGCCCAAGUCAGCCAGUGCCUCACUGGAUGACGGCGAGGUGAAGAAGAUCAUGGAGGAGUGCAAGCGGCUGCAGAUGGAGGUGCAGAGGCUACGGGAAGAAAACAAACAGAUCAGGGAGGACGACGGGCUGCGGAAGAGAAAGGUGACCUCAAUGGGCGCACCUUACUCUUCUUCCUCCUCCGCCAUGGCCACCUCUGCCAUGAGGGACGAAGGCCUAAGCACCCGCAUCCUGGCGCUCUGCGUGCUCUUCUUUGUCAUCGGAGUCAUCAUUGGCAAGCUGGCCCUGUAGAGACACAGACAGUGACAGACGGGCGGAUGGCGUGCUCGGGAGGACAUGUGUCAAUGACGGCAACGGGGAUGUCUUCUGGGUUUAUGUUGAUUUCUCUUUCUUUUUAACAUUUAAGGCAAUAUCACAAUGGUUUGUCUGGAUGGGAAAUGAUUUAACGUGUGAAAAGAGAACGAAGGAAGGCGAUCCCAAGUGAAACCAUGUGCGAGCGUUUUUGUCACAGGUCUUGCCUUUUUCUUUUUUUUUGUGAAAUAAUCACCACCUCUGAUCUGUUCUUCUCUGUCCAUCCCUCCUUCCUAAAUGAUCUUCCGCAUCUUGCACAGGUAACAGUUGGUUGUGUGUGGAAGUGGCUUCAUGCUGGCUGAAUGUGAAAAGUCUUUCAUUGAUUCUUCUUUUGAUUCUUAAGUCUUCUUCAAGUUCCUCACUCACAUUGUCUAUAAAAAAAGAUCUAACACUCCUCUUCGAAUAAUCUAUCUUCCACUUAUUACUGCUAAUCUGCAAAGAGAACGGUGAACGGUGAUCAGUGAAAGACUUGUUUUCUAGAUUUAAAGUGUGUGUGUGUCUGCGCGUGUGUGUGUUAUGUGAGUAGACCACAGACGAUGAAAUCACAGGCUGUUUAAGAGCGGAAGAAGAGAGGUGAUUUGAAAACAAAACUGUCAUCUAAACAGAUUUCCUGUACACAACAGAAAAAUGGGGGGUCUUUGUUGGAAAUCAGUUUAAAACUUGAUCAUGUUUGUCGCUUACUGGCCCAAGGAAUCAGUAGAAAUCCAAUAAAUCCAUUUUUUGGCCAUUUGUAAAAUUAUAACCUGGUAAACAUCAAGAUAUCGAUAAGAAUGUAUGCUGCAAAACAAAGCUGUAAUAUUUAGUAAAAGACAUCAGAUUUUUCUAGUUCACAUUUUUACUUGUCUUGAUACUUCAUCAGUUUGAGAGGCAUUCCCCCCCGGACAUUUUCAAUAUAUAACAUACAGUAUGUAACAAUAGCUUUGGCCACCUUGUUUAAUUUUGCCCAUGUAUUGUAUUUGCGUCCUCUAGUGUAUUACAGCAGCUGUUUGCCUUUUUUUCUUAUCAUGUAGCCACAAUGCUUCUGUUGUUUAUAAUAUUCAAAUGCACUAUAUUCAAGUGUCCACUCUGCAGUCUGCAUGAAAUGUCCUGGAUUUAUUAUGAUUAUUAUUCUCUCUUUUUUUUUUGAGUGUUGGAAGUUUAUUGGCAAAACAAAAAGGACAUAACGUCUUCUUAAAGUGUGUGUGUGAGAGAGAGAGAGUGUGAGUGAGAGAGAGUGUGAGUGAGAGAGUGUGUGAGUGAGAGAGUGUGUAUCUUUUUCUUUAGUUUACUGUUGGGCUCUGGUGGUCGUGCGGUAACUGAGACAACACAGCUGUAUUAUCUCGGCUGUCUCAUGACCAUCUAAGCAGGUUGUUUAAGAAAAAAAAAAAGAAUAAAUAUCUGUAUUUUUCGUUGCCUGGGGGAGCUCUGGGAGCAGAGAAGUGGGAAUGUGGAUGUCUGGGAGGAGGACUGACCUGUGAAUACACACUACAUUAAAGAAGAAAAAAAAAAGGCAUUAGCGCUUCAGACCACACAUGCAAAGAUACAGUCACACAGCAAUGUAGUCACACAGUAAUUGGAUACUCUUUUGUAUGUACAUAAAAAUAUAACUUUCAAAGUUAUUAACAUACUGUAGUAAAGGAAGAAAAUAAACAACCAACAUGGAUCAUGUAGCAUCAUAAUGAAUUAAAAUAUAUAAAUCCCCCCCA